GUACGCAGUCAAUGAGUUUUACAUGACGUAAUAGCAGAACGAAUUGCCAAAACAAUUUAAGAAAGUAAGGUGUAAUAUUUCGUUAAAAUGCAUUUGGAGUUUCUUUGAAACGAAAAUCCCACCAUAAUGUUGUUGAAGAUACGGAAUAUUUGUAGGAAUUAUGAUAUGUGUAGUUUAAGAAGUUACAGGACUAGCUGUGGUGCAUUAGCAGCCAUUGAUGACGAAGGACAGAAAACAUCUGUGAACUUCAUCACUCAUCCUAAAGAGAAACACGAUCAACAAAAACCAGCCUACAUUACUAGAUAUGGACCCAAAGGAUUUGUUGUACACGGCUCUAGGGUGUUGGGCUCUUUGGCAAUUUUACCUGGUCUCUUUUUGAACUGGAAGGUCAAAAAUGCCACUGAAAUCUGUCUUUCUAACCUGGAAUUAUUCACCGUCAUCAAGCCGCCUAUUGACAUCAUUGUUGUGGGUACGGGCGAUAAAGUCGUAAGGUUGCACGAAGAUAUACACAAGGAAAUGAGAAAGAAACGAAUUGCUUUAGAAGUACAAGAUACGGCAAAUGCUUGUGCCACGUAUAAUUUUCUUCUUCAAGAAGGCAGGGUAACUGGAGCAGCAUUGAUUCCUCCAACUAUGUUGCCCGACAGGUAACCUUGUGGCAGAAUUUGGAUUGAUAGACGCUGGUGAUAUGCAAAUGGUGGACGAAUGGAAGGAUGGUAAAUAACUGACCGGUCAAUUGCUGUAUUUCUUUUGUACAUGUUUGCACAUCCAACCAUUCUUGCGUCUUUCAAAUGACCCAAAAAGAACUGGCCGUUCUGGAAGUAUAAGUCAUUGCAAAAUAAUGUCUCUGAUUGGCUGCAGUGCAGUCAUUGAACUGUAUAUAACUGGAAAGCUACUUCCUGCCAAAAUUUGAAGCCACUAUGUAACUAGUCCCAAUAUAGAAAAUGCAAGUACGUGCAUGAUUAUAAAAAAGGUAGCCUUCCUGUUGUAUAUUUAGUUCAUUUAGUGUAAUUUACCGUACGCCAGUAUCCAUUUUGUUGUGAUUGUUAAAACUGUGGGCACGCAUUACGACUGCGGGGAAACUCAACGACGACAGUUCGAGAGCAAAUUUUGUUCUACUCCAUAAAGUCUUAAAUAAAAGAAUGCAAGCAAGCAAAAUCAGCAGGUUAUGGUCCGCCAGGCUUUCAAAAUGUAUCUUGUUAAAUUUAUUUAUUUAUUUAUGUAACUUUGCUAUACAGCAGGAAAAUCGCCACACCAAACUCAAAAAUUAAAGUAAAUGAAAGUUAAA